AUGGGGCAUUAUGCCAUAGCGGGUCAGCAUUGCACGUUGGAACUGCCAACCUGCGGUGUCCUUGGGGACGUGACUGGCGUGCUGAUGCAGACCGGCCCAGGGCGAGAGCAGACGGGGCCGGCUGUCGAAACUGCAGUUAUUUCAUUCCGUCCGAGGCGCGAAGAUGUCAUCGGAACGGUUACAUCGUUUGAGCGUGUUACGACUACAUACGUGAUUUAUGUUACG